GGGGCGCCUUUUACGACGCGGCGGCCGCGGUGCGCUUGGCGGCCGGUGCGGAGGGAGCGCGGUGUGACCGGCGGCAGCGGGGCUGAGGGGACGCGCAGGCGGCGGCGUCGCCAUGUCGCACGGCCACAGCCACGGCGGGGGCGGCUGCCGCUGCGCCGCGGAGCGCGAGGAGCCGCCGGAGCAGCGCGGCCUGGCCUACGGCCUGUACCUGCGCAUCGACCUGGAGCGGCUGCAGUGCCUCAACGAGAGCCGCGAGGGCAGCGGCCGCGGCGUCUUCAAGCCGUGGGAGGAGCGGACCGACCGCUCCAAGUUUGUUGAAAGUGAUGCAGAUGAAGAGCUUCUGUUUAAUAUUCCAUUUACAGGCAACGUCAAGCUCAAAGGCAUCAUUAUAAUGGGAGAGGAUGAUGACUCACACCCCUCCGAGAUGAGACUGUAUAAGAACAUUCCACAGAUGUCCUUUGAUGACACGGACAGGGAGCCAGAUCAGACCUUUAGUUUGAACCGGGAUCCUACAGGAGAGUUAGAAUAUGCUACAAAAAUAUCUCGUUUUUCAAGUGUCUAUCAUCUCUCAAUUCAUAUUUCAAAAAACUUUGGAGCAGAUACCACAAAGGUCUUGUAUAUUGGCCUGAGAGGAGAAUGGACUGAGUUUCGUCGACAUGAGGUAACCAUCUGCAAUUAUGAAGCAUCGGCCAACCCAGCAGACCACAAGGUCCAUCAGGUUACCCCACAGACACACUUCAUUUCCUAGGGGCUGGCCAAGGCUCCCACAGAGGCCCUGUGUCAGUGAAGAUGUGUGACAGCCUAUUGGGAAGGACAGAGAUGGGGCUCCAGAGAGAGUUGACUGCCACAGCCUCUGCUAAGCUUUGUCCUUGGGCUACUGCAGAAACCUGGCCUGUGGAAGACACACCACCGGGAGGGCUGUGUGGGCGCCAGGGGGCAAUCAUGGUUCUCUAGGGCCCCGUAGAAAGGGGGUCUUGGUUUGGUCAGUAUCUGGCAGUCAUGGAUAAUGCCUGCCUUUCCAGUCAGUGUGGCCAUGGGAUUUCAAGUGUCUUACUUUGUGGCAGGAUUUUUUGUGUGACUUUUUUUUUUUAAUGGCAACUAUUCCUGGGUUGCAGUAAACUUUCUGAAGCCUCAGCAUUGUGUUCGUAUUAGCCAUCAGGAAGGUCUCCAACUAGAAAUACCUGUCCCUGCUUGCUCCUUCUCCCUGUCAUCAUUUAGCAUUCUUGUCAAGUUGCUCAGCUUGGAGUUGUCUGUCAUGCACUAGUGUGCCAUGGUUAUAGCUGGAAGAGCAGGCCUCUCCUGAGGAUGCUUAAUUAGUAGCUUGAGGAGAAGGUCUUCUUUCCUACUGCCUAGGUAAGCAGUCUGGGGAGAGCAUGGGCAUCGCAUUUCUAUGUUUGUGGGUAUCUGGUCCAGGUAAGAUUGGGCCUUAGGUAAGAUUCCCCUUGGGACAUCCUCAUUGUUUAUUAGCUUCUAGCUAGUGUUGUAAGGCAAGUGCCAGAAUUUGGAGAUCUCAGUUCUUGUCAUGGCUUUUUAUUCACUGUGACUAAUAAGCUUCCUAAUAAAUCCCUGCCAAACUUG